AUGGCGUUGACCGAGACGACGACGCGGACGACGACGACGGCACGCGCGAGCGACGAUCGCGCGCUCGAGGGGGACGACUCGGAUGCACGCGAUGGGCGAGGGGUGGAGGGACGAUUGGCGGCGCUGGAGGCGGCGGCGGUGGCGGUGGAGACGAAUUUAGUGGCGGAUGAGGCGGCGGUGGAACGCCGCGCGCGGGCGCGGGACGGGCGGGAGGCGCGAGAAGAUGGUCUUCGUGAGGCGCUCAGGGCGAAGGAGCGCGCGAUAGAGAGUCUUGGUGUGAGUUUGAUGUCGACGAGGGAAUCGUACGAGCGUCGGUUGCGGGUUGAGACGGAGGCGAGCGCGGCGACGGCGAGACGGGAGGAGUCGCUGCGCGACGACGUGCGAGCGCUGAGCGAGCGCGUUCGCUCGCUCGAGACCAAGGCGGAGACGCGGGAGCAAAAGAUUUCUUCGCAAGAGGACGUUAUUCAGCGCAUGAGCCGUGAGCUCGAGGCUAAGCGAUCGUUCGACGUCGAGGUGGCUGAGCACGCGAGAACGAUCGAGAUGGACCGUUUGGCGGAGCGUCUGCGGGCGAGCGACGAGCGCGCGGCAGCGUUGGAGGCGAAACUGCAGUUGACGUGCGUCGAAAAGUCCAGUCUCGAGCGAGAGAUUGAGAUUUUGCGCGAGCGUUUGGCGAACACACCGACGCAGGCGGCGAUGGACGACGCGUAUCGGUUUCGCGUCGAGCUAGACGCCGAGGCCAAAAUCGCAAACGAGCGUUUGGCGUUCGAAGAGAAGCAAACCAAGGCUGAGCUCGCACAGUUGUUCACGCAAAUUAAGGAGAUGACUCUGCGAAGCGCAGGCGCGACGGCACCCGUGGUGAGGGACUCGCGCGAGAGCGUCGACGCCGAGCUCAGACGCGCAAAGCAAGACGCCGAAGCGGAGAUUGAGUCUCGUAGAGCCGAGUUCCGAAAGCUCCAAUCCGAGAUCUUACGCGACAACGCUCGACUCCAUCGAGAGCUCGCCGCACUUCGCGGUGAGCUAGACGAUAAGCUUCGAGAGAGCUCCCCCGGGCGCGCCGCGCCGCCGAGCUCCGCGGAGCGCUCCGACGUCGCCUCGCCGUGGGCCGCCGAUUUCACCUUCCCGCUCGCUCGAGACUCCCCGUCGGGAUCGGUAGAUUCCUUCAUAGAAAUUUCACCCCACUGA